UGCUUAUUUUAUCGCCAUCUCGAGUUGAUAGCCGAGGUCUGAAGAGUGAAGCAUUUACCAAACGACAAUGAGAAGUUUUACCUUUUUUCAUUUGGCGAUAUGCUUGUGUUCAGUAGCUCUUCUACCAAGUGCCUUUUGUGCUCCCAAGAAAUUGUUGGACACUAACUUCGAAGGAAACUGUAACUUUGAUUCCGAGUCAUUCUGCAAAUGGCGCCCAGUUCAAGGCCGUAACUUCUUCAACUGGCAGCUACAAAAAGGCACCACUCCAAGCGCGGGAACUGGGCCGAAAAGAGAUCAUACUGGAAACAACGGUCACUACGCAUACAUCGAGUCGUCGUCUCCCCGGAAGAUGGGGGACCGUGCCCGGCUCAUUCACGGUCCUUUUAGUGGCGUACUUUGUCUUCACUUCUCAUACAGCAUGAUUGGAAGUUCUAUAGGACAAUUGAACAUUUAUCAUGUUCUCCACGGUAUGGAACUGAAUAUGUGGUCCAAGGAUGGACAACAGCGCGGUGCAGAUUGGCACUCUGACAAUGCAACUUUGUAUGGAAAAAACUUCUAUGUGAUAAUUGAGGCCGUCGUUGGAAAAAGUUACACCAGCGACAUUGGUAUUGAUGACAUCUAUUUUACAAAGGGCUCUUGUCGCGGUGAAAAUUUGGCAUUUGAAGUAAACUCGACUGAAUCAGGAGGAAAAUGCUCCUUUAACAUGGGAUUGUGUGAUUGGGCAAACGACUUGACUAAUAGUGAUACAAGUCCAUGGAUGCUGAGUUCUUACCGAGGACGAGGUCAGAGCAAAAAGGAUUCAGCUGUUGGCAGACUAGAUCAUGGAAAUAAUCUAGGGGGGAAAUAUGUUUACGCAAUGAAAUCACAAGGAAAACCAUCUAAAUAUCGAAUGGUGUCUCCAGAAGUAUGUGGCACAAAGUGUGUCGAGCUGUUUUACUUCACCAAUAACUUCCAAAAAAGCGAACUCAGAUUGUUGGCUGGCAAAGACCAAGGAGAGGAUCGUGUUUGGUUUGAAUCUGGGCUUGGAAAGAAAACGGACGACUGGACACGGGCCGUGGUUGAAAUAAAAGCAGAAGAAACCACCUGUUUUAAGCUUGUAUUUGAGGCCCGUCUUCACCAAACAACAUCAUUAGUGGGCUUAGAUGACCUCCUUAUAGCAAAUGGAACGUGUUGUCCUCUGAUCAGCACUCCCGAGGACGCCGCGAAAGCAAACUGUGAUUUUGACCAAGGAAAAUUUUGCAACUGGAGGCAAUCCAUGAAAUCAUCUUUUUCUUGGAGCAUUGGAAGUGGCGAGACUAGCAGUAGAAAAUCAAGUGGUGGAUUAACCGGGCCUAUGGCUGAUGCUUCGGGGAAUGGGAAAUACGCUUAUAUUGAAGCUUCUGAGCCUCAGAUGAACGGUGAUAAAGCCGUACUGGUCAGUGACAUGAUAGAAGGCCAACAAUGUAUGCGCUUCAAAUACCACAUGCACGGGGAAGACGUCGGGUCUUUGUCGAUUUACAGGCGAGGAUUCCUUAUAUGGAAGAAAGCUGGUAACCAUGGAGACCAAUGGCUGAAUGGCCAAGUUGACCUUGAUUGUAAAAUACCGAAAUACCAGGUAGAAAUAGAGGCGACUGUGGUUGGAUGGCGAGGUGAUAUUGCGAUUGAUGAGCUCCAGUUUACCCCAGGAGGCUGUCCUAGACAGGCCUUAACUAACACUGCACGGCCGCGUGCUACUACACCAACUCCACCAGACAUACUUCCUCUACCACCACCUUUCAGUACUUGUACGUUCAACAACAAUUUCUGUGACUGGACUAAUGUGUUUGACGAUGACGGAGAAUGGCAUCUUGCUAAUAGUGACACCCCCUCAGAAGGAACCGGGCCUCAUUACGAUAGCGACGGAAAUGGAUACUACGUCCACAUGGAAGCCUCGAAUCUGCUUAAAGGGCAAAGGAUCCGUCUGGAAAGUCAAGAGUUUUUUUCUCCAGUGUGCCUGCAUUUCCACUACCAUAUGUAUGGUAAAGACAUCAAUCAGCUGCGGCUGGAGCAGCGAAACCUUAAAGAUAAUUCAACUAAGGUCGUCUGGUCAAUUACAGGAGAACAGGAAGACUAUUGGCACUUUGCCUCACAAAAUUUCAGUGGGGAACAUUACACGGUGUCGUUUGUGGGUGUUCGGGGCGAUUCGUAUCUUGGCGACAUUUCACUUGACGAGGUUAGUGUCGGUGAGCUUGAGGAAUGCCACGUGGAAAUUAGCUCUGCUCUGAAAGACGGGGGAGCAAACCCAAAAGAAGGAAAUUGUGAUUUCGAGGAUGGUUCCUGCAAAUGGAUAAAUAUGAAGGAUGACAAGUUUGAUUGGACGAGCCACAGUGGUAGAACUCCAUCUUCCCAGACCGGCCCAUCUCGUGAUCAUACACCAGGCAAAAAGGGAGAUGGAAAGUACAUGUAUAUUGAAACAUCCAGUCCCAGGAAAAAAGGCGACAAAGCGAUGCUUCUUGUCAAACUUGACGGUCGAUCUUUCUGUAUGAGUUUCUGGUACCACAUGCACGGUUCGGCUAUAGGUUCGCUGGAAAUCAUGCGGAUUGUCAAGCAAGUAAAGGAUGAUCAAAAGCCGAGUGCAAAGGAUUUUAAUUUGAGAGAACAUAGAGAGUGGAUCGCCAAUAGAAAGAAUACUGUGCCAAAGGAUCACUGGAGGCAAGCUAAUGUUGACCUGGAGGUGCGACGGUCCGUGCGACAGGGUACCGUUCAUUGGAUAGCAAUUGUGGGAACGGUUGGUUCCUCAUACACUGGAGACAUCGCAGUUGAUGAUAUCCAAUUCUCAGAAGGACGUUGCUCCCAAGGAAAACAGUAAAACUGUCAACCGAAGUGUGGUGCAUUGCUAUUGUUUAGAGGAAAUCGUCGUUUAUCAAAGGAAGUGAGAAUGACAUUUAAUCAUAAACGAAACCCGAUGUUUUAUAAAGUAGUUGAUGUAUAGAUGAAGAACGAACUUAGUUCGGUUCACUUAUGAUCGUCAUCAUCACCCAUCGUAAUUAAUAUUGUUAUCGUCACCAUCAUCAUCUUUAGGUACAAAAACAUCCAGUGAAAUAACAGAUGUUAUUUUGCAUUGGUUAACUGAAAUCAAUUCUUUGUAUCAGAUAUUCUCUAACAAGUCAAUGUUUCAUGAAUAUCUUCAAAAUCCAAAUAACUCACUACAAAUGUUACAGUGUUUCAAUGUUUCUUGGACACAUCUACAUCCCACAACAGGAUUAUAACAAUUGACACAUCAAAAAAGAUGUCAAACAGUCAUGCAAUGACUUAUUUCUCUGUAUUUCUCGAAGACUUGUAUACACAGGACAUGGAAUAAAAAGGAGACUGGAUGCAUUUUUUUAAAGAAUGAUAACACAAAAUCAGAAGAAUACUAGUGAGUCAAUUACAGAUAAGAUCUCUUCGAUGUGUUUUAAAGAGAACUACUCGCUUUUCAGCAUUUUCUUCAUUCCUCGUGUACUGUUGUACCCAAAAAAUGCAUAUCAUAUUCUAUUUCCGAGCCCUUCAAAAUCGGUUAAGGAAGUUUUACAUGCAUGUUUUUUAUUUCUCUCCUUCUAUUUCCUGUACAAUUUAACUCGUAUCACUUUGGCAAGGAACAAAGGGGCACCAUUUAGAUCGAGCCACGCCCUCCCUCUUUUGGGGAGCUUACUUAUGUUACAAAUAGGUAAAAUCUUUUGUAAAUAGAUACUUAGUGAGUGCAUUAAAGAACUUAAUGUAGCUUGUGAGAAAAUG